AUGCACCAUUCCAUUCUCUGCUAGGAAGAAACAUGGCUGCCUACUGUUCACCGACGAUAUUUUUAUUUACGUUCUGUUUGUUACCUGUUAUAAGAUCGACGAGAGGAAGAAAGAGUCAGUGUCAGAGGCAACUCCGAGUAACGAUACAUUUAAAUCAGUCCUUGAGUAUCGGUAAGAGGACGCCAUUUUUUCCAGUCGCAGAGACAUACACCGUAAACGUUACAGUCAGGCUGAUUUUUUUUCACAUUUUCGCUGAGCUGUCAAGCUGCUCAUCAGCGUCCUGCGCCUUUUGUUAGCGUGUUAAGCUUGGUGAACAACAUUAACUGCGAGUCCAGCGCACAUACAUCCGGUUAUUAGUCGCUAUGUUCAGCCCCGUGAAGUCUUCUUAUUUCAGAGUCAGCCCGGCCAUUGUCAACAGAGAACUCGGCAAGACCAAGAUGAGAUAGCAAGAGGGCACAUCGGAGUGCUACCACACAGUUUACAACGAGGCUGAGUCCCAGCAUUACUGAGAGAAACUGAGUUUAUAAAAGGGAGAAAAACCUCAAAAAUACACGGUAUGUUUGGGAAUCUUUUCGAAGAAGAUGAGGAGGAAGGCUUCUCCUCCACUUCCUCCAAGGGAAGAGUUGCAAAGGGGGGAGACGAGCCACCUCCAGCCCGAGGAAGGGGCAAUCUGUGCGGCAUCAAGAACCAGGGAGGGACGUGCUACCUGAACUCUCUGCUCCAGACCCUGCUGUUUACCCCAGAAUUCAGAGAGGAGCUGUUCAGUUUGGGGCCAGAGGAAUUAGGACGCCUGGAAGACAAAGAGAAACCAGGAGCCAAAGUCAGAGUGAUCCCGCUGGAGCUCCAGAGACUGUUUGCCCGUCUGUUGUUGGUGGACCAGCAGAGCGCCUCCACCGCCGACCUCACCGACAGCUUUGGCUGGAACAGCAGCGAGGGGACAAAUCAGCAUGAUGUCCAGGAGCUGAACAGGAUCCUGUUCAGUGCUUUGGAGCACUCUCUUGUGGGUACCAGUGGUAGUUCAUUUAUCCACCGGCUCUACCAUGGGACCAUUGUCAACAGCAUUGUCUGCAAGGAAUGUGGAAAUGUCAGCCAGAGACAGGAGGACUUCCUGGACCUGACAGUGUGUGUUUGUGGCGUGUCUAGCCUGGAGGAAGCUUUGUGGAACAUGUUUGUGGAGGAGGAGUUGUUUGAGGGCAAUAACCUGUACCGCUGUGCCCAGUGUGACAGGCUGGUCACUGCUGCCAAGUCUGCUAAGCUGAAGAAGCUCCCUCCAUUUAUGACCAUGUCUUUGCUGAGAUUCAGCUUUGACUUUGCCAAAUGUGAGCGAUACAAGGAGACGGGACGCUACACCUUCCCCCUCACCAUCAACUUACGGCCAUUUUGUGAACAGACUGAUGGAGACGACUCUGAUUACUCCUACGACCUGUUCUCUGUGAUAAUCCAUAAGGGCGGCUGCUAUGGUGGCCAUUACCACGUUUACAUCAGGGACAUUGACCAGCUCGGCCAAUGGGAGCCACCGGAGGAUGACUCCAAACCUAAAACUCAGAGGAAAGUCAAGGAGGAGGUCAAGGAAGUGUGUGAGCCAAAACUACAAGAAGAUGACCCUUUGUCUGUCAUAACUGCUAUUAUUGCUGAGGAGCCAUCAAAGAGUGUCCUAAUGGACCAGCUGGGCCAGAAACUUAUGAAUAAGAUUGGUUCAUCCUGGAGCAAAAAGUUCAGAAAACACUAUGGUCCCAUAGGAAAGUUCCUGCAGUCCCACAAUGAUGUGUUCAUUUUGGUGUCCGGUGGUACCAGAGUGGCAUUGAAGGCAAACCUGCCCAGCCCAGUGACUGAGCCCCCUGGCCCACCAGAACAGACCACUAAAUCUGAUCCUUCAACUGCUUCAGACGCAGGAGCUGCUGAGCAACAGCAAGAACCAGACCAGAAGCCAGAGCCUGAACCAGAGCAGGGUAGCCACUGGUUCGACCUUAAUGACUCCACGGUGACCUCCAUCAGGGAGUCUGACAUAGAGAAGCAGUUCCAGGGCAAAGAGAGCGCGUACAUGCUGUUCUAUAGAAAAACACAGCUGUGCAGGCCCAGUGAAGCUCUGAACAAUCCACAAUAUAAAGUUCCUUCUCACCUCGUCCAGAUGGCCCAAGAGGAGAACCUCAAUCUGCAACAGAUGCGCGAGAAGCUUGAAGCCACCAAUAACACAGUGGAGCUGCAUCUGCACCUGGCACCCUGUUAUAGACUAGAGAACGGAGCCCUGCAACCAGCCAACAAAGAGCACAAUGGCAGCACCACCCUCAGUUUUGACCGUAGAAAGACUGUAGGAGACCUGCGAUUAGCUAUUUACCAGAUGCAGGAACUCUGGGAAGGGGAUAUGGCUUUGACUGUGGCCAGGAGUCUUCCAGCAGGGCUACACCUCUACAAUACUCUCACAGAUGACAACGUCUCCCUGUAUAGUGCAGGCAUCUACACAAACUCUGACUUAUUUGUGUGGAAUGGCAGAGAGGUAUGUGGUGCGACUAUGCUAACUGGGGCCGAGUGGGAGCCCGUGCUGCUGACUGUGGUACGUCCCUUUUUGGGCGAAGAUGUGGAGCAGGAUGUGGGGGACGGGGCGGAAUGUGGGGAGAGCAGAGUCGAAAAUGGUGGGCCAGGACUUAAAAGGGAGGCCAGAGGGUUUGCAGGUGGUGUGACACUUGGGGAGGUGAAGGAGGCGCUGGGUGAGCCUAAGGAGAGUCUGCUGUGCCAGGAGCAUAAAGAAGCGAAGAGAGGAGAGCAGGGGGCAGGAGAGGGAGGAGGGGCGAGCGGAUGGAGAGUGUUCCCGCCCGAUGACAUGCAGCGGACGCUAAAGGAGCUGUCGCUGAAAGAUGGAGAUGCGCUGUUGGUGCUGGAGCCGCAGUCGUUCGACAGCAGUGUGUUUACCCGAAAUGGAGACGUCGUCACUGUGACUACGCCAUCUGACUGCCGCUGGCUCCAGGUGGAGUUUCGACAACAUGGAGGAGGUGAAGGGGAUGAGGAGGAUGAAGAGGACACAAGGAAAAUUAAGGUUCCAGCCACAGGGAGUAUGCUGCUGUGUGAGGUGAAACAGAGGGCCAUAGAAGAGCUGCAGCUACAGGAGCAGCCCCCAGGUGCACAGUACUGUCUGAGACAGGUGGACUGCACAGGGAAACUCCUUCCUCCAGUGUGUGAGGAGUUGAGUGUUCGGGAUGCAGGGGUGCGACUCAUGACCACACUGACUCUCUGUCCGGGAAAUGCCCCCAAGGCAUCACAGCUUUUCUUGCAUUUCUCUGUGGGCACAGCCCCCUCUGCUGGCAUGGAGAUGGAUAUAAUUGUGGAGCAGACUUGUACUGUCAGAGAGUGUUUAAAGGCAAUGCUGGAUGCUGUUGGACUUGAUGGCACCUGUUGGCACUUGAGGAGGCUUGACUGGUGUGAAGAGGUUGGAGAGCCACUUAUGGAUGAGGAUGCUUCUCUGUCAGAGCUGAAGAUAAGCAGUGGCGAGACAUUAGUCGUGACAGAAGGACAACUUCCUCCGAAGGGUUUUCUCAAGUUAUCUAUGUGGCUGCAUCUGGAUCCCAAAAACAUAGAAACAGAUUUUAAUCACACUGACAAUGGACAUGCUGAAGAACAGAUGCAGGAGGUUUUGACGACAGGCGAAACACAUAGUCCGUCACCUCCUGUUUGUGGCAGUAAUGUGGUGGACCUGAGAAGCAUAGGACAGGUUGAAAUAUCAGAUGAGGCCACUCUAGAGGAUCUCAAGACUCAGGUGUUGACGCUGCCUGCUCUCCAAAAUGUUUGUGUGCCAACCACUGCAUUCAUGCGCAUAUGGCAGCUGGAGGGACGGAGACUGACACGAAUCCUCAGAGGACAACAACUAACGCUCAGGAAAUUGAAGCUAUCCGGUGGUACAGACCUUUGUGUGCAACAGCUGCUGAAGGAGGAAGAUCUUGGGCCCAAGGAGGUGCUGCUAAAUGUUAAGAUGGGAGUACCAGGGGAGAGGAGUUACUACCCUGCAGAGGAGCUGGUUUGGGAUGCAUCCCGUGAUUCUUCCCCUCGCUCUCUACGCACUUGUCUGGCUGCUCACUAUGGCCUCUCUCCUGACUCUCUGCUGUUGGCCAAACACCAGCCAGACAAACACAUCUGGGAAGAAAUAUCAAACUGGAGCCAACAGGUUUCCAAAAAGAAAAAGAAGAAGAGGACAGAAUCACUAUUGGGAGCACCAUUCCACCUCAAAGAUGGCGACACAAUCGGCAUCAAGAAUCUUUUGAUCGACAACAACAGAGACUUCAUCACCGUGGAGGAUGAGCAGGGCCAGCAGAGGCUCAGAGAGCAGGCAGAGCAACGCAGAAAAGGAGGGAACGCGAGCUCUGAUGGUGCUGGACCCCAGAAGAAGGCGGGACAAACCAAAUCCAGGAAGCCAGAGGUAGCGCUGUCAAUCAGUGUUGGGGAAUUCAGAUAGCACCCUGCUCUCAUAGGUGCAUGGACAAAUCAGGACUACCUAUAAAAGUACAAUGCAUACACACACACACACACACACAUACACAUAUGCCACAUUGCAGUUAGGACAAUCCACUUGACACAAGUCUUGUGCCAUUUUUGUUAACUGUUUAUCUCCACAAAUCUUUUAAACCUGACAAAGUCAAACCCUAAAUUUCUUUCUGUCUUCUGGAGUAUUGACAAAGGAACAGAAAGAAUUUCAACUUUGGCACUUUUGAUUUGCUGUUUUUUGUAAUAACUGACUGUAGUUUGCAUUGUUUCUAUGCAAUAAUUCUGGGUUUGUAAUUAGAUGACCCAUGUUUGUCUCGCUUCUUGUCUUUACAAGCUCUCAAAAGCACAACCACCACACAUACCCUUUUAUUUGAUUCAAUUUCUGUUUUUAUACUUUCUGAGGGAGAUUUGAAGACAGCCUAACCUUCAGGACAACACAUCAGUAGCUAACUUGUAACCUUUUACUGUUAAGUAUCAGUCCAGACAGGCCAUGUCUAGUUUAAGUGUUUCUUUUGUUUGUUUUUUUUCUAAUCUUCUCUUGCAAUUACAAACCUGCAGUGAAAUACUGUACUGAGGCUAACUGGAGUUUCUAUCUCAGAUACUGCUGUGCUUAAACUGUAGCAAUCAGGAUGAAACAUUUAUACUUGUAGCCAACAGCCAGUGGCUUUUAAAUUGUGGCUUUCUUUUAACCAAUUGUCCAGCACAGCAGUAGGGAAUCAAACAUUACUAAGUCCUGAUGUAUCUUUAGUAAGUUUAUAACAAACCUGUCACUGUGCACCAUGAACAAAAGGAUUCCUGGAUCAUGGGCUCAAUAGAUGGGCUUAUUUUAGGUUGACAAGGGAGAGGAGAGACAGGCCUUAACAUGGAGAAACUUCAGUGCUGCUCCAUCCUCCCUACCUCACUCUCUACCUCUCUCACUCUACCUCUGCUGCCCUGUUGUUUUUCUUUCUGUCUCAUUCGUAACUUUCUUUUCCUAAUCCUAAAAUGUUGCCCCACUGUAUUACAGUAAACUACAGUUAAAGUAACGACACAGUUUAAUGUUUUGGCUCGUGUAUUUAACAGUUUGGGUGUGAAAUGACACAUCAGCUGCUGGGUAAAAGUGUAGAUUUUCUGCCUUUAUUUACUUCUAGUCAUGUUCUGUGAAUGGGAAAAUAAUUUGAUUGUCCUUUACUGGACAGUAUCCCCUCCAUAGAACUAAAAAUCAAAGCUGAAUGUCUUCACUUUCACCUCAUUCUGUCAUUUCACAUUCAAAAGAAUAACUGCAUAGAGCAAAAACAUCAUUGAUGCCAGAUGAAUUUGUUCCCGUCUGCUUCAGAAAUGUAUUGGAAAACUACUCUCCUUGAUAAUGUAAUAGUAAAGAUCCCUGAUUUACUAUAUGAGUUUAUUGAGGAACAUUUAAUGUUUCAUUUGCAUGCACUAUAUGCGAACUUCAGGGAAGUGAAAUUAACAUAAAUUAUUCUUUAAAUAAUUUAUUUGAAAAAGUGACAAAAUAAUUGUCUUGUAUGAAUUGUGAUAUAUGUUUUUUUUUGUGAGGAUUUGAUUUUGUUACAAAAUAUUUUCUAUGCUGCUUCCUGUGUUAAUCUGGCCUUGAUCAGUGCCAAGAAUUUGCAAGUAGAAUUACAUUUUUUAAAAAUGUGUUUGAAGCAGAUGCAUAAAAUCUACAAUAUACUUAGCAAUAGUGAAAUUAUUAUUAUUUUUUAUCAUGUAUCAUUUAUUAGUGCUAUUGAUUACAUCUUUGGUGUUACUGAUAAGGACUGAUCUACUGAAUUAAGACAGUGGACAUCUGUUUGUAUCUGUGUCAGACUGUAUCUGCAGAAAAUAUUUUAUCAACAAUAAAGGCAUACAGUAGUAAUUGUCA